GUGGUAUUUUUAUAUGUUGAUCAUUUCACCGAGCUCUGUCUUCUAUGCUCUUCUUGACUUUUCCGUAUUCUCUCUUGAACUAAGAUUAAAGAUCCAAAGAAGUUAGCAAGAAAAAAUGAGCACUCAAGGAGAAAUGGAGGAGAGGCUACUACGUGUAGGAUCAGACCCUAAGGGUCAGAGCAACAGUAUAGAGAGUCUCUACUUAAGAGCAAAGGUUUGGAGCGAAGUAAGGAAGAUGUGGAGAAUAGCAUUACCUUCCUCUUUAUUCCGAAUGACUUCGUUUGGUAGCAUCAUUGUGGCUCAAGCCUUCAUUGGUCACUCCUCCGAGUUGGGUCUAGCUGCUUACGCUCUCCUUCAAAGCACAUUCAUUCGCUUUCUUUACGGUUUAACGGGUGGUAUGUCAAGUGCAACGGAGACUUUAUGUGGGCAAGCAUACGGUGCAGAGCAGUACCACACAAUGGGGAUAUAUCUACAACGUUCAUGGAUUGUGGACAUAGCCGUGACAACUUUGUUCCUACCGUUUAUCAUAUUCGCUGGCCCUAUUCUCCGUUUACUAGGCCAAAAUGUUGCGAUAACAAGGACCGUUGAUGAGAUAUAUCCUUGGAUGAUUCCUUAUGUCUAUAGCUUGAUCUUCACUAUGACUAUGCAAAUGUAUCUCCAAGCACAAAUGAAGAACGCUAUUGUAGGCGUUCUCUCGACCUUGUCCUUGGCUCUUGAUCUCUUGGUUACGUGGUGGUGUGUGAGUUUUAUGGGGAUGGGGAUUGGUGGUGCGCUUCUCGGGCUUAAUGUGAGCUCGUGGGCUUUGGUGUUAGCUGAGUUUGUGUAUGUUUUUGGUGGGUGGUGUCCGUUCACUUGGACUGGUUUUAGCACUGCGGCUUUUGUUGACCUUGUUCCUAUGCUCAAGCUCUCCAUUUCUUCAGGCUUCAUGAUCUGCUUAGAGUAUUGGUACCUAAGCAUCCUUGUCUUAAUGGCUGGUUAUACAAAAGAUGCUAAUACAGCAAUCUCUGCUUUCUCAAUAUGCCAAUACAUAUAUACAUGGGAACUCAACAUAUGCCUAGGCUUCUUGGGUGCAGCUUGCGUCCGAGUGGCUAACGAGUUGGGGAAAGGAGAUGCAGCUGCAGUGAGAUUCUCUAUUAGAGUGAUACUCACGGUAUCAACAAUCAUGGGAGUUAUAUUCUCUGUUUUAUGUUUAGCAUUUUGUGGUCAGAUAUCGUAUUUGUUCACCGAUAGCAAAGAGGUUUCGAAAGCAGUGGAUGAUCUAUCGAUGAUCCUUGCUGUAUCAAUCUUACUCAACAGCAUUCAACCUAUACUCUCAGGUGUAGCCGUAGGAGCAGGGAUGCAGAGUAUAGUUGCAGUUGUGAACUUAGUUUCAUAUUAUGCAGUUGGUAUUCCUUUUGGUCUCAUCCUUACUUAUGUUUUCCAUCUUGGUGUUAAGGGACUAUGGUCUGGAAUGUUGGCUGGUAUUGCGAUCCAAACAGCAAUACUGUGUUAUAUCAUUUACAGAACUGACUGGGAGUUAGAGGUUAAAAAGACCAGUGAACGUAUAAAAGCGUGGAGCCUGAAGCCAUCUCAUGAAGACUCGAAUCCUAUAAUAGAAGAUGAGAGGAAGUGA